AUGUCGCUCCUCAAGCUGCUGCCGCUGCUGCCCGUGCUCGUCGUCGUGCUCGCCGCGGCAACGGGUCGCCUGCGGGCCCUCGGCGCCCUGCUGCGGCACUGCCACGCCGUGCUGCUCAACGACAAGAGCCAUGCGCGCUGGCUCGCCGGCCUGCUCUCGGGCAUCCUGCCGCCCGUCGUGUGGACACUGAGCUUCAAGAUGGCGCGCCGCCUGCCAGAUGAGUGGCGUCCGACGAUCCACACGAAGCUCCUGCCGCAGCUCGAGGCCGCGCUGCUCUCGUUCCAGGGCGUUCUGCUCUUCACCGUGGCGCUGGUGCCUCUCGCGCUUCUCUUGCGAGCCCGCAGCGCCACGCGCUCACCGUUGGCAUACCUCGUGCUGCUCUUUCCCGCGUGGCUCAAGGUGCUCAACUACGUCGCGCUCAACACGACGUGGGAUGCGUUCCAGGACGUGCUCGCCUGGAUCUUCUACGGCUGCCUGCACUUUGCCAGCCCGUUCCUCAUGGGCUGGUGGGCCUGGGCAUGGUGCCCGCCGGGCGCCGCCAUUGCGUUUGGCUGGUGCCUCGGCCUGCAGAACUUCACCGGCCUGUGCAUCCACCUCCUCUUCCCGAAUGCCGCGCCGUGGUACGCAGACACCUACCCGCCGACCGUGAUCCCGGACUACUCCUUCCCCGGCUCGGCCGCCGGCCUUGUGCGCUUCGAUAAGGUGUUCGGCAGCCAUCUCUACACUCACGCCUUUGCCGCGUCGCCCGUCGUCUUUGGCGCUCUGCCGAGUCUGCAUGCUGCCACUGCAACAUGCCUCAGCUUCUUCGUUGCGCGCUACGGCGGCACCUGGGGCCUCGUCUUCGCCCUCGUCUACUGCUCCGGCAUGUUCUGGUCGACGCAGUACGAGCACCACCACUACGCGAUCGACCUUGUCGCCGGAACCGCCCUGUCGGCCGCGUACUUUGCGCUCAUCGCGCACUUUGUGCUGCGCCGGAUAGACGCCAAGCACGAGCGCGAGCGGUCGACACGCGGCAUCGACCGUCUCUUCUGCCGACCGUCGCCCUGGGCCUCCGCCUACUCGCAGCUGCCGGCGCAUGUGCUUGGCGAGGACGAAGAAGUCGGCGUGCCGCACCUGCUCUUCUCCAAGGAGAGCUCGGACUGGGAUCUUGAGCUUGUCAAGCAGCGUCCGGCACUGCGCACGAUGCUCUCGCCCGUCGAUGAGAAGGAUGACUACGAGCCGAGCAGCGGCCCAUCGAGCCGCAGCGGCAGCACGAGCGGCGCGUCGAGCAGCAGCGGACGCACCGGCCGCAGCGGCAGCUUCACCAGCGGCUCUGAGGCGUAG